AUGGCUACCCCCAUGUCCACCACUUCUCAGGACGAGGCGGCGAACAAGAAGCUCGAGCAGAUCACCUUCCGCUUCUGCUCCGAAUGCUCCAAUAUGCUCUACCCCAAGGAGGACGAAGAGACGCACCGCCUCCAGUUCACCUGCAGAACCUGCCAAUUUACCGAGGAGGCCCAGUCGACUUGCGUCUUCCGCAACGUCAUGAACAACGCCGCCGGCGAGACGGCCGGUGUGACCCAGGAUGUGGGCUCGGAUCCUACUGUAGGUGAUUCCCAGUCUAUUCUUGCCCCUGUUCUUCCACGAUCAAACAAGGAAUGCCCCGCCUGCAAGGGCGGCGAGGCUGUCUUCUUCCAGUCUCAGCAGCGAAGUGCCGAGACGGGUAUGAAACUGUUCUAUGUUUGCUGCGAUUGCGGUCACAUCUUCCAGUAA